CUUUUUACUCAGCCAUAAUCCGUCAUGUUUGUUGACAGAAAAAUGGCGAGGUCUUUGCUUGCAUUCCCAAAUUUUUAGUAAAAUUAACAAAUUUGGCGGUAGUUUUGAAAUUCUUUAUGAUGGAGUAAAAAAGAAGCUGUGGCUAGCCGCAUCAUGGAUACAAUGUUUGACUCCGACGAAGAAAUAGAUGACAUUGACUUAAUGGCCACACCGACUUUUGUCACUGACCUACAAGCAAUGAAUCCCACAGUUGUACAAGUUCAUCAGGUGAACCAGAAUUCGAAGUCGCCAGUUUCAUCCCAAUCCAAUCAGGGCCAAAAGACUGCGACCAUCAUUCAGCCUGCUCAGGCGCACACAGGCCAGCAGCAGUUUAUUGUUACAACAUCGGUAGCAGAAGCCUUAACAGAACAGAACCAGAGUAACCAGGAGAAUAUAGCCAUUCACCAGGGAGGGCAGGCACUUUACCCAGCACAUGUUCAGUAUGUAGAAGGCAAUGAUCCAAGUAUCUACGCAUCUACAAACGGUCAAAUGGUCCGCUGGAAUAAUGAAGGACAACAGUACAGUGGUGACUAUGGGCAGACAACAGUCUAUAACACCUCUUCUGGCACAUACUAUCAGACUAGUAGUGGACAGGUAGCGACUGGACUUCCAAACAUGGGAGCAGCAAUACAGACAAUGCAAGGGCACAUACUGACUCAACAGGGAGGUAACACAUACCUGAUACAAGGUAGCACCAUGGAUGGCGAGGGAACACCACUAACACAUACAACAAGAGCUUCCCCAGCUACGGACGAGUUGUACAAUCGAAGCCAAGAACAGUCGGCUCUGGCACGUUAUGCCAGCAGUUUCGAGGGUAAAGGUAGCUCUGUAAACCUUGAUGUUCCAUCUCUCAAGAGUGGGGUUCAAUGGUUGAUAGAUAACUAUGAGACUGCGGAUGGUGUGAGUCUUCCACGUAGUACAUUAUAUAAUCAUUAUCUGCGGCACUGUCAGGAACAGAACUUAGACCCCAUGAAUCCAGCAUCAUUUGGUAAACUCAUACGCUCGGUGUUCCUAGGACUGCGCACUAGAAGACUUGGAACACGUGGAAAUUCCAAGUACCAUUAUUAUGGUAUUAGAAUCAAAGCAAACUCUCCCCUCAACCAGUUCACUGACGACCAGACAAUGGCCAUGAGACAGCAACCACUUUAUCAGGGCAAAAAAUUUCGCCCAAAGUCUGAGGGUGGAGAAGGUGGAUAUGGAGGGUCAGAAAGUCAGCCCCAGCAUGAAGGGCCCACAACACAGCAACAACAACAUCAACAGUUUCUAGGUGAUGCUUCUGGGGCAAUACCAAACUUUGGUGAGAUAGAUGUAUCCUCACAGCCCCUGCCUGACGGAAUCACAAUGGAUCAUGUACUCAUUUUUCAGAAAAUGUAUCGAGAGCAUGCAGAGGCUAUUGUUGAUGUUGUUGUAAAUCUCCAGUUUUCCUUGAUAGAAGCACUUUGGCAGGGAUUCUGGAGAAACCAGUCAUUAGAUCAUAGUCCUGAUAAUGAUUAUGAGAGACGAUUACCCAGGGAUAAAUUGUAUACAAUGUGUAGAUAUGAGCCAGUGAUGAACUAUGUUCGGAAAUCUGAUUAUAUGUUUUAUCAAGCCCUUGUUGAAGUUCUUAUACCUGAUGUACUUAGACCUAUUCCAAGUUCUUUGACUCAAGCCAUCAGGAACUUUGCCAAAAGUCUUGAGAACUGGCUUAAAGGAGCCAUGACCAAUGUGCCUGAUGAAAUGAUGAAAACCAAGUUGGGAGCAGUGAGUGCCUUUGCCCAGACACUACGUAGAUACACGUCCCUUAAUCAUCUUGCUCAAGCUGCAAGGGCAGUAUUACAGAAUACCUCACAGAUCAAUCAGAUGCUGACUGACCUUAACAGAGUCGACUUCGCUAAUGUUCAGGAGCAAGCAAGUUGGGUGUGUCAGUGUGAUGACAGUAUGGUACAGCAACUGGAACAGGACUUCAAGAAGACCCUUCAAGCUCAGAACUCCCUAGAACAAUGGGCUAUCUGGCUUGAAGGAGUUGUUAAUCAGGUCUUGAAACAACAUGAAGGAAAUCCAAACUUUCCAAAAGCAGCUAGACAGUUUCUCCUUAAGUGGUCUUUCUACAGCUCAAUGGUGAUCCGAGAUCUUACUCUACGAAGUGCUGCAAGUUUUGGAUCAUUUCACCUCAUUCGCUUGUUGUAUGAUGAGUACAUGUUUUAUCUUGUUGAACACAAAGUUGCUUCGGCGACAGGAGAAACACCCAUAGCUGUCAUGGGUGAGUUUGUGGAUCUCAGCAGUGCUGUAGCCAUGAGCUUCUCUGAGGCAGAGAUAGAGAAAUCUACAGCAACAAUAAACAAAUCGUCCAGCAACAUAGUCACCAAACCCACCCUCAUCCAAGCACCUUUAAACAAAACUACUGGGGCUGCAACAUCCUUAAUCAACAGAACAACAGCAGAAAAUCUAGGUGCAACAUCAGGGGCAACAACUCUGAUGGUCCUAACAACUAGUUCUGCAGGGACAGCAAAUCACAAUGGCUCUGUGGGUAUGGUGUCAUCAGGCAACACAGGAACUCUUGCAGUAAAAACAGCAACCACAACAGGGGCAAUGGGUGGUGCAAAGACAAUAGUUGUGAUGCCUGUCUCAAAUAAUUUUGCUGCUGGUGAUGGAGCAACAGCAAAACGCUUUAAAAUAGAAUAGCUGCAUACAAACUGAUCAAGUUUUCAUUUUGCCAUACACUCAUUGAGACAGUAUAAGAUCACUAGUGAUGAAUGCAUUGUUCUAUGGUGAAUCUUUAAGAUGAUCUGGGAAGGUAGGGGAAAAAGAAGCUGCUGCUCUGAAUUGAUAGAAGCUCACAUGUCUCUAUUUCUUGUUGUAUUGUUGUUUGUUUGUUUUAGAUAUUUUUUUAACAAUUUUAAUUGUUUAAAGUUUGUGCAGAGUUACAUUUAUUAAACAGAAAAAAGCAGAAUUUUUCAGAUUUUCAAUUUAAUUCAGCUGUAAACUGUUAUAAUCAGAAUCAUUUCAAAAUAAGGGAAUCAUUUCAAAGGAAGUUUUAUAUUGGUUGUUAGAAUAGUAAUUUUGAGGUUUGAUUUUGCAUGCUUUCCAAGAAUGAGCCACACUUAAUCUGAGUUCUAGAGUUUGUAACUAGGUAGUUGGUAUUUUGCAGUAUUCUCUGUGGUUGUCAUUGUCAUCCAACAUUGUUCAUGUGCUACUCAUUUUAUGAAUGCUUUUAUAUUUAUUUCCUGUUCCUCAUUUAUAUGUCAUUACUUUUGCAAGCAUAGAUCAUAAUGUGCUAUCUCAUUUAGUCAUUGCAUUUUGAUAGAGUUGAACCAGUAAUAGACAUUGGGAAAUAUUGUACAAAAUUAACAUAUUUCAUAAGCAUUUCUGCUAAUCUUUUAGGGAGCCUCUUUUACCAGGUGAUCUUGGUCACUGACUUUGAAGCACUUGCCCCUCGUCUCUGUUGGAUUUACCCCUUACUGAUUGAAGUGUGAGGAAGCUUUUCAGCAGGCUUGUGAAAAGUUGGUGGUUGUAUUGUGCCUGACAAGAUGCCUGGAGGGGCAUUUUGGGUUUUCCUAUAACAUUAAGUCUGGCAAGUCACCAUACAGUCUAAAUUGUGUGAGUAUGACUUGAUACCCGACAAAUAAACAAAACUGUUGAUUUUUCAUUUAAUUGCCUGACAUUACUACCAAUGUUUGCUGUAGUUGUCAAAUUUAAAGUGAUAACUUGAUGGUGUAAGAAAUGUUUAUUUUGAAUUUUAUUUUUCAUGUCUGUUACAGGUUUUAUUCAUGUAAUUUAUUUGUAACAUUGCUCAUUUUGUAAUGUUUUGGUAGGCAUGCCAAAAUUUCUCCAGAUAAAUACACACUGACUUGUAUGUUUAAUGUAUGUAUACAAGGAUUGCUGAUGAAUUGAUGAAGCCACCAUUUUCAGAUUUUAGAAGUGUAAAAAGCUACAGAGGAAUUUUGACUUGCAAAGGAUUUUUGCAAGCAGUCAUAUAGUUGAUAAUAGGUAUCUUGCCAUCAAAGGACUUUGAAUUCCAAAAACAUCAUUUUCAUCUCUCAUAAAAUGUUAUGGUUAAUACUAGAAAUUUGUGUUCAAAAACUUCAUUGUUCCAGUGUAACUUUGUAUUGUGUUUUAUUGUUUUUCUACACAUUCUGAACUUGUAAAUAAUAGUUGAAAUAUGUAAAUACAUUUAUAUUUAUAUACAUUUGUAGUCAUUUUGUUUGUGACUGUGUUUGGAGGACAAAAAGUCUGCAAGGGUCAAGUGAUAUUAAUGUUACAUUUGUCACAGAGCUAGUAUUUCUUAGGGCUCAAACGAAAAAAAAAAUUGUUGACACUUGUUCUUUGAUAUUCAAGUGACAACAGUUUCUUUAUUCAGCUUAGAUUUGUUGUUUAGAGGGUUUGGAUAAGAGAGUCUGAAAAGAUUUUUAUUCUCAAUUUGGAAUUGACAUAGUAUGCAGAGUAUAGCUAGUCGUACAGGGUACAUGUAAAUAAAACAUCAUUGAUGCAUUGCAAUGUUUGACAAUGAAGUGUAAAAGAGUAUUUAAGUGGCCUUGAUUUUUUUGUUACAGAUGAAACUAGACAUUAAUUUUUCUAUUGCCAUAUAGAUUGUUUAUAUUUAAAGUAGUUUUAGAUGUUAACACAGUAUGAAAGCUAUUUUAUGAUUAUUUUAUUAUUUAAGAUCACUUGUUUCAGAGCACAAAGAAAUCAAAUUUAUUUAAAAAAAAACAGCUGAACAGUCUGUGGUUUGUGAAAUGUGAUGUUUAUUCUAAUCCUGCCUUGCUGAAUAAAUUUUAUUCAGAAAUUUAUUUCUAUGUUUGACUUGGUUCAAAAUAUAUUUUAUAUGGUUCAAAAGUACAUUUUCUUUAAUUAAUUGGAACAAUAAUCAAUAACUUACAAUUUUUUGAUGGACAGAUGGUUUUCUCCAGUUGAGGAAAUUGUGUUUUUCGUGUCAGAUGUGUUUUACUCUAAUUUUACCAAAUUAGCAAAAUUGUGAUAUGUUUUAAUUACUGGGUAGGUACAUUAUUUUUUACUCUCAUGAAGGACCCUCUUUAGGAUUAUCGUCACAACUGAAGAAAUUUGUACAUCAUUAAGAAUGUUUUUCUCUACAGAUUCAAAUUCAUAUUUCUUUGACAUGUUUUAUAUAUGCUGGAGUGAAAGAUCGUCAAAAUUUAAGAUUUUGUUUUACGAGUUCAUGACAUUUAUUUAGAAUAAACAGAACCAUUUCAUAGGAGCUUUUCUUUUGACUUUGUGAGAGUUUUAUCAUUAUUUAUUUAUGAAUUGUCAGUUUUUUGCCAUAUUUAAUCUUUUAAAGUUGUUAGUUGCUAUUUAUUUCAUUUAUCUUUUAAUGAUGAGUUCAUGUUGGGCUUAAAGAUGUGUUCAGUUUUGUAGCUGUAUUUUAUGUUUUAUCAAGUUCAUUCAAAUUUAGAUGUAAGCAAAUUAAACUAAAGGAUGGGGUAAUUUACUAUUCAGUAGCAUACCACACUAACAGUGUCUAAGAAUUGUUGAAUUUUAUGAAUAACCCAGUUAUGGAUAUAAUUGAUGAAUGCAUGAGUAAUAUAGAAGAUAAUGUCAGUUUGUACAAAGAUGGGAACAUUUUUGGUUUAUAUUUUUAAAGAUGUAUUAUGCCCAAAUUUCAUAUUUUGAAAAAUACAAACAAAUUCUCUACAUCAUUAAUGUAACAUGUAGAAUAAGCAUGUUUGUGUGUAUGAAUAGAACUGCCUGUAAGGUUUAGAAUACUGCACAGUCAUGUAUUAAAACAUAGUAUGAAUAUAUAAUGCCACUAAAAAAACAAAGAUUUUUGAACAAAUGCUUGUUACUAGAUAACAUUUAAUCAGAUAUAUUGCAAUUUUCAUGUAUAUGUUAUUUCUUGCUCCUCCGUGAAAUACUGGGACUUUUCAGGGAGAAAUAAUCCAUAUCUGUCAUAAAGUGAGUGAUACAGCUUUGGUGAUUUGGUUGUACAUUGUGUUUUAACUUCUAUUCAGUAUAAAAAUUGUAGUCGUACUUCUACAUAAUGAAUUCUGUUCUGUAUAAUAUAUAUUUGGAUUCAGAUAUCAUGACUUAACAAGUAUUUUGUAACUUUAUGCGGCAAAUAAUGAAAUGGAACUUAAGGUUGUGCUCAUCUUUGUAAUGGCACAAGUCAUCUGAUGUCAUGUUUGUUUGCAUCUGUUUCGUGCGCCGAGAUUGAAAUUUAUUGCAAACUACAUAUUUCAAUAUAAAUGAAAUCUUUGUUUGUGAAUAUGGAAUAUAUCUUGCCUCGGAGUUGAACAGUUUCACAUUUUACCAAGUUAAACAUAUUUGAUGAUUUUCUAACUAAAUUAUUACUUAAUUAUAAAAUAUUUCGGCGAAGUAUGGGCAUAGUAUAUCUUUAAGAAACAUGGGAAGAUAGUCAAAAUAACUUCUCUUGCUUUACAGAGCCUCUUGUUUUGUUCAACAUUUUUUUUCUCCACAGUAUACUAUUUUGAUAGGGCCUAAAAAGCAUACUGGUAAGGUACUUUUUUUUCAGUUCAAAGGAGCUGAUAGGUUUUAACUUGUUAUCUUUCAAAGGUUUUCAUUUUUGUCAAAUAUUGUAGACAUAUCUGGUAAAACAGUGUCGUGAUGAUAUGUGGAAAAUGAUAGUUUACAUUGUAUUCAGAUAUUGUUUUAAGUAUUGUUGAAUAUUUGAAAUGCUCAGUUUAUGUUCUUGUUACUGUAAAACCACUUUGUACUUUCAUUCUUGAAAGGUCAAACAUAGAAAAGAUCAACAAAAGCUUGAAGUAGCUGUUGUUACUGAAGUGUGUAUUUUAUUAAAGAGAGAUCACUUGAAAUGCAGGAGAAUUAUAGUUUUAUGUAGUGUAAUUAUCUGCACUAAUUUUCAUGCAAGUUAAACACUUGACAUUUAAGGUGACAAAGUGGAAAUCCUGUUUCCAAAAUAUUGACUGACAGAUUGAAUACUGUGAAAUCUUUUUUAUUCGCGUAGGACGAAUUUUCGCGUAUUUCGCGCUAGGACUGAUGCGCAAAUUAAGGACCGCGCUAUUAUUAUUUCUUAAUUUUAUUUUUCUUUUCUAAAAUAGAAAAUGCGCGAAUUAAAGCCCGCGCGAAACAGUUCUUUUUCACAUUUGCGCGAAAUUUCAUGCCAGCGAAUUUAAAUGAUUUCACAGUAGUCCAAAAAUGUUUUAAUGGUUGGACAUUACUUUUAUCUAGAUGUAGAACAGGUCAAUCAGAAAAUGUUUAAGAAUGAGUUAGUAAAAUGGUUCAUAAACCAAAAUAUGCAAAAAAGCAUGUAACACAAGUUUCAUGUACAAUCUACCGGCCUAGUCUAAUGGGCAUUUGUCAAAAUGAAAACACUGUGUAAAACCAGCAGACUGCUUCCAAACAUUUAGAUUUCCUGCAAGUCAUUUAUUAUAUAUUUUGGUAGAAAAUGUGAAGUUAAACAGGAAGUCCAAGUGAUUUAUUUAUAGACAAGAGUUAAAAGUAUGUUCAGCUAUUGUCUGUGAGAACUUGUACAGUAUUAUCUUUUUAUAUGCAAAAGAACGUGAGAUACUUGGAUAUUCUAUCUUGAUUAAAUAGUGUUUGAAAGCCCAUGCCUUUAUUAUUUUUUUUACUUUAUAUUAAAUGCAAUUCUGUAUUUUAUGAAUCAAAACAAAAAGAGUACCAUUAAAUGAUCAAAUGUGUACAAGAA